GUCAGAAAACCUGACACCACUUUACUACCUUUCCUUCACCAUCUCUCUUUCUCACACUUGUAUUUUCAUUGAAAAGUGAAAGAUAAAAUAAAGCAUUUUCUUUUUUACUUUGAUCAUCAUCUGCUAUCAGCAUCAUAAAUAAACAAACAAACCGACCCACUAGAAAAAUAAAAACCUCAUGUCAAUGUUCACAAUGAAAGCUAACACAACUGGAGGUGGAACCCAUAUGAAGAUUGAGAAUGGUGAAAUUGAUGAAGGGAAAAAAAGGGUUGUUUUUGUGCUGAAGGAAGAGAUAGAAAGAAACCCUUUGAUCACAGAAGCUCAAAGGCGUGAACUUGACCAUCAAGUUUUCAUUUUUUAUCACUUUGCUUAUAACAUUCCUCUUCCUCAUUACCUUUUGCAGUUUCCAACUGUUGUGUCAGAAUACGGUUGUCGUGGUUCUGAUUACAUGACUAUGUUGGAUUCAGAACCACAUAGGUGUAGAAGAACUGAUGGAAAGAAAUGGAGGUGUCGUAAGGACACAAUACCUAAUCAGAAAUAUUGCGAACGCCACAUGCAUAGAGGUCGAAAUCGUUCAAGAAAGCUUGUGGAAACGUCUCAACUUAACUCUCCUAAUUUGAAAGCAAAGUCUAGUAAUGGCAACUCACAUGCAAAACAAGUCCCGAAAGUUGAGUCUGCAAUUUCAAAUCCAAGCCCUUUGGUCAUUCAACACAGCCAUGCAUUCUCAUACACCCCAUCGAGGAGCUUCUGUGUUGUAAAUAACAUGUCCAGUUGUAAUCGCCCGAGAAAUGCCAUAAGUUCUGACGCUACUUUGGUGACUGUGGUGAGCGCUUCCUCGAUCCUGCCCCCUGCACUUAGACCUAAGGUGACCGCUGCCUCGAACCUGGCCCCUGCAGUUAGACCUAAGGUGACCGCUGCCUCGAACCUGGCCCCUGCAGUUGGACCUAAGGUGACCGCCGCCUCGAACCUGGCCCCUGCAGUUGGACCUAAGGUGACCACUUUCGGAGGCACGGCAACUCUGACUUCGAACAACAGAGGCAGUCUUAAUGUAUGCAAUGGAGGUUUCUCCCCGAAGAGUGUUCUUCAAGUUUCUGGUUGCAAUGGUUCAUACCUCAACGAUAGAAACAGUAUAGUAGAGCCUGAACCCGGUAGAUACCGAAGAACAGACGGUAAGAUAGUAGAGCCUGAACCCGGUAGAUGCCGAAGAACAGACGGUAAGAGAUGGCGAUGCAAGAGUGCAGUUCUUCCAGGUCAGAAAUAUUGUGCAACACAUAUGCACAGAGGUGCUAAAAGACGACGUACAAAUACCAAAUCAUCUCCUCCUUCCGCCAUUGCUACUACAACUGCAAUUAGUUCAGAUCUUACCAUUGCUCGGUUGCCUUCCGCCGCAGCAGCAACCGACAUUCAGAAAGCUGACUGUCGAAUGCCAAACACACAGCUUUCAAUGUCAGUUCCAGAAAGUGCAGAAUGUAAGGAGAAAAGUGGCAGAUGCAGUAGUGACAUCAAUACUAGUACUACCAUCACUGAUGCCGUCAAUGGGUGUAGCUAUAUUUCUUUCUGAGUAGCUAUGUUUGAUUUCUCAAAACAUGUUUAAUUUUUAUAUAUGAAUGAAAAUGUUAACUUUCAGCAUACUGAUAUCAGUUUUGUGUUCAGUGAACAAUGGUCUCAUAUGUCUACAUUAUAAAUAGAUUAACUAAACUUUUUCUUAA